GUAUCGCCAUGGCGGAUGAGUGGACGUGGAGUAGUAGCUCUGCGCGCGCCGGCGACGAAGCGGCGUGCUCGACGGCGGAGCCAACCGGUGAGUCAGCUGUUGGUAGUGAUCCGAUGGGUUUCAGCCAGCCUGGUUUACCUGAUGGCGCCGUCGCCGCCGUCGCUGCCUCGUCGUCGUCGUCUUUCCUCCUUGCUGACCGGCACAUGGAUUAUUGGACGCAGGACUUCAUGGGAGGCAGAGCUCCGGUAGCCGCCGAGGCGGCGGCGGCGGCCGCCAGUAGCUUCAACACGCUGCUCCAGCUCCAAGGCGACGCGGCGAGCCACCGGUUGCUGCUCGACGACCAGUCGGCAGCAGCGUCGCCGCGCGCGCCGUCGCCUUCGCCUCACCUCGUGCCAUCCCCCUACGGCGACGGAGCCACGGUGGCAGCGCCGCCGCCGUACGAGGCAGACAGCCUUCGGUACUGCUCCUUCAGCAGCUACGCCGGCGGUGACACGGCGGCGGCCGCGGCAGCGUCGAUGAGCAUUCCGUUCUCGCAGCUGCUUGCCAGGUCGUCCUCGGCGGCGGCGCAACAGUUCCCCGGCGCGCCGGGGCUCUUCGAGCAGGCGGCGACGGAGCCGCCGCAGCUUCUCUUGCAGACCCUAGAGCCCAGAUUCCUCAAGCAGCCCAACGCUGACGUCUGCUCGCCGGAGACGACGAGAGGAACUGCUCCUGCUCACGAGCCUACAGUAAAGAAGGCACGCAUCGAGGCGCCUUCGCCAUUGCCGACUUUCAAGGUGAGGAAAGAGAAGCUCGGGGACAGAAUCACUGCGCUCCAGCAACUCGUCUCGCCUUUUGGAAAGACGGAUACCGCAUCGGUUCUUCAUGAGGCCAUCGAAUACAUCAAAUUCCUUCAUGAUCAAGUUGCUUCUCUAAGCUCUCCAUACUUGAGGUGUGGGCGCCCCAUGCAGCAGCAACACCAACAGGGUUCACACAAGUCGAAGGACAAUGGCGAGGCGAAGCAGGACUUGCGCAGCCGAGGCCUGUGCCUUGUUCCGGUCGCCAGCACUUAUACUGUGGCCAGCGAGACUGCGACAGAGUUUUGGCACCCUACAUUUGGAGGCACAUUUCGGUAGUAACAAGAGACUAAUUGCAUGUGGUCAGUGGCAAAUCCUUCGAAAUUAAUUUUUAAGAGUAGAUAAAAGCUAGCCAUGACAGUUGAGAAUUGAAUUGGCAUCGUCGUCUGAUGCCAAUGGUGCAGUGUAUCUGCUGGUCUCUGUCAUGCACCGGUGAGCUCUAGCGGUUACCAGGGUCAUCGAUUUGAGUCUAGCUGUUAACAGGUCGCUUUGAGAUCGAUAUAUAUCAAAUAUAUCUUUUCAAGGAGAGAUAUU